AUGGAGGCCAAUUUACCACCGUCCUACCUGGAUGAGAGCCGAGCUCCAACUUUGCAGGGCGUGAUGUGGACAAUGGCCAUCGUUCCACUGGUGUUCGUUUUGAUGAGGUUGUAUGUGAGGGUGGUUUUAAGGCGCGUUUUUGGCUGGGACGAUUUCAUCAUCAUCGUCGCCGUUUGCUGCCUCAUUUCUUAUUCCGCUGUGAGUCAUGUUGCCUCUACUAUAGGUCUGGGAAGACACCUUAUUGUUGUCGAGCAAAAUCCCAAUGAUCUUAUUAAUGUCGCCCUGCUGUGCGACAUUGGAGAGUCCUUGGCCAUCAUGGCGUGCACCCUGGGAAAAACCUCCUUCGCCGUGACUCUGCUGCGGAUUGUGGUGCGGAGGUGGAUGGUAGCCUUGUUGUGGUUUGUGAUUUUCACGAUGAACGUGAUCAAUGUCCUCGCGGCUGUGUUUGUGUUUGUGCAAUGCAAGGACCCUCGACACUUGUGGAAUCCAGCGAUUCCAUCCAAGUGCUGGCCAGACAGCGUCUUCACGAACUUCUCACUAUUUGUUGGAGCAUACUCUGGCGCCCAGGAUUUCGUCUUGGCACUCUUGCCAUGGACGAUUGUGUGGAAUUUGCAGAUGAAGAAGAAGGAGAAGUUUGGUGUUGCUUUUGCUAUGAGUCUCGGGGUGUUUGCCGGUGCAGCUUCCAUCGUGAAAACAACAUACCUCGUAGCUCUAUCUGCUAAGGCCGACUUUACAUGGGAGCUCGCUCCACUGCUCUGGUGGGCCGCGGUCGAGGACGGACUCGCCAUCACCGCAGCUUCGAUCCCCGCCCUAAAGCCUCUCCUGAGCAGAGUCUUCCCGAGUUCAACAGUCAGCGACUACGACAUGAUAUCCUACCCAUCAGUCCCACAAGACAGGGUCUUCGACAACUCGAAGGGCGAGACGCAGACGGAUAUCGGUCAUACAAGUAUUCAUGACAGUGAAAGCCAAACGGCAAUCUUGGAGCCAAGCAUUCUAGGAAAAGACGAAAGUAUCAACUUGACUACGGAAGUCUCUGUAACAGUGCAACAUUCGCCGUGA